AUGAAGUUAUGGGAUGUUUUGGCCACAUGUUUGUUGCUGAGCUCCGUCUCCUCUUGGCCUCUGUUCCCAAACCCUCGUCCCGCUAAAAGCACCUCCUCCUCCAGCAGCACCUCCUCCUCCAGCAGCAGUGAGUCCCUGUCCCUGUCCGAGGAGGAGAGCGAGGAGGCGCAGUAUCACAGGGAUCACCUCCCUCUGCAUGGAAUCCUCAUGGAACAUCAGAACGACGUGAGGAGCCCGUACCCCUCUCACCUCCAGGACGUGAUGGAGUUUAUCGAGUCAACGAUCGGACGACUGAGGCGGUCGUCAGAGGCCGGGGGAGACAGACAGAGACACAGAGGAGCGGGAGACAGAGACAGAGACAGAGGCAGAGACAGAGACAGAGACAGAGACAGAGACAGAGACAGAGACAGAGGCAGAGACAGAGACAGAGACAGAGGAGCAUCAAACAGAGACAGAGACAGAGGCCACAGCGACCGCCGUAGAGGGCGCUCUCGAGCCCGCGGGGGGAAGUCCAACCGUGCAAACAGAGACAAAGACAAGACGGUGGCGGUGGCGGGACGAGGCUGUCUGCUCAAAGAGGUGCACCUGAACGUCACGGACCUGGGGCUCGGGUACCAGACCAAAGAGGAGCUGAUCUUCCGCUACUGCUCCGGCCCCUGCGUGGACGCCGAGAGCAACUACGACAAGAUCCUGAACAACCUGACGCACAACAAGAAGCUGGACAAGGACUCUCCUGCGCGGACAUGCUGCCGCCCUGUGGCCUUCGACGACGACCUGUCCUUCCUGGAUGAUAACGUGGUCUAUCACACACUGAAGAAGCACUCUGCUCGGAGCUGUGCCUGUGUGUGA